UGUUUUUCCUCUCCACAAAUUCCCACCUCAAUUCAGGAUAAACCAAAGGAUUGACGUGGGAAAAAACCAACCUUUUGCUGGCACUCUCUUUGGAGUAAAGCACUUCCCUCGCGCCAUAACCUGUCUUUCUUGAUGAGUAUCCAUGGCUUCUCUGCUAUCCUCAACUGCCACUACUCUCCCACAUAAUAAUCACAAUUACAAGCCCACUCUCUUCUCUCCGACAAGAAUAAUCAGCACCCAUUUCCAGAGAACCCAAGUGAGGUGCAAUGCAUUUCUCGACAACAUACCGGAGAAUUUCCUCAACAACACUCUUCAUUUCGACCAACCACUCUCUCUACUCCCAGUUUUUCGAUCCGGGUAUGCGCAGUUUCAGAGGGCUACAGCGGAAUUACCGGAGGUGGAGAAGUGGGGGAUUCUUGUUUUUGGUGGGUUUAUUUGGAUUUACUUGACUGCUAGGCCAGGAGUUCUAAUUGGUGCUAUUGAUUCAUAUAUUCUCGCUCCUCUGCAAAUUGGGGUGGACAGUUUGUUGGGGAGGAGGGGCUUAAAGAGUAGUGAUUUCCUGAUUGGGGAUAGAUUGGGAGAAGGUUCUUUUGGUGUUGUUUAUGCAGGUGUGAUUGUGCCAAAGAAUAUGAGUGUUGAAGAGACACUACCAAAUAGUGGUCGGCGAAAAGCCGCAAUGAGGGAUGGACAGUUCAAGCAGAAAGUUAUUCUCAAAAAGGUGAAGGUUGGAGUUCAAGGUGCUGAAGAAUGUGGUGACUUUGAGGAAUGGUUCAACUAUAGGCUGUCAAGAGCAGCUCCUGAAACCUGUGCCGAGUUCCUUGGAACUUUUAUUGCUGACAAAACAAAUGCGCAAUUUACAAAAGGCGGUAAAUGGCUUGUAUGGAAAUUUGAGGGAGAUCUAGACCUUUUGGAUUACAUGAAAGAUCGCAAUUUUCCUUUGAACUUGGAGUCGGUCAUGUUUGGUCGUGUUCUGCAAGGACUGGACUCGAUUAAGCGAAACGCAUUAAUUAUCAAGCAAAUUAUGCGCCAGAUUAUUACUUCGCUCAAGAAAAUCCAUGACACGGGCAUCGUUCACCGAGACAUAAAGCCAUCAAACUUAGUGGUAACAAAGAAGGGACGGAUUAAGCUCAUAGAUUUCGGGGCAGCCACAGAUCUUCGGAUUGGCAAGAACUAUGUACCCAACCGUGGCUUGCUUGAUCCUGACUAUUGUCCCCCAGAACUGUAUGUACUCCCAGAGGAAACACCUAAUCCACCGCCCGAGCCUAUUGCUGCAUUCCUCUCUCCCAUUUUAUGGCAGCUAAACAGCCCUGAUCUAUUCGACAUGUACUCUGCUGGGAUUGUACUUAUGCAAAUGGCAAUACCAACAUUAAGGUCAGCUGCAGGAUUAAAGAAUUUCAAUACAGAAUUAAAGACAGUUGGAUACGACCUGAAGAAGUGGAGGGAGAAAACUCGGAUGAGGCCUGACUUAAGCAUUCUUGAUCUUGAUUCCGGUAGAGGGUGGGAUUUGGCCACGAAGCUUAUUUCAGAGAGAGGUUUCCUGCGAAGGGGGCGGUUAUCUGCUGCAGCUGCUUUGAGGCAUCCUUAUUUCUUGUUGGGUGGUGACCAGGCAGCCACAGUUCUCUCAAAGCUUAGCUUAACCAAGUAGAAAUCUCUUCACCUUAUGGUUAUGGAAUUUUUUCCACUCAAGUAUUUAUAGUUGUUACUGGAGAGAGAAUCAAGUCCCAUCCCAUGUAAACGAGGAUGAAUCUAUUUUUUCAUCACGAAAGAGACCAAUUGUCUUCUAAAAUGGCCAAGGAAAUGCAAUAGCAUGACACUAACCAUGUUGUAAUGAUGAUUUCGGAUGAGGAAUCUUUGUCUGAAAUUUAUUACCAAAAA